UUUUUUUUUUUUUUUUUUUUUUUUUUUUAUACUUAUUUAUGUUUUAAUGUUUUCCAAGUCCGCAAAUUGCUAACUAUUUCUGAAUACUCUAGAGACUGUAGGCUUUGCGUGGCCGUUUGGGAGCCUCUUCGUUGAUUUUGAUCGCUGCAGUAGCCACAGCUCUUACGAUCAUUUCGCAUCCGCAGCCGUGUCGAGUUCGCGCGACCCAUCCGACAGCAGCCUUUUCACGACCACACGGGAACAGCUGACGAUGAACAAGGACACGAAUAGACGAAUAUUGGCGAUUCAGGCAAAAAAGAAACGGCGCAAAUUGCCCAAGAAGCCGCACGAAGAUCGCAAAACCGCUCUGCCCUCCGCACCGAGCCACAAAGGCUCGGACAAGUCCAAGUCCCAUACGAAUCAGAGGGACAGCGAUUCUUCUUCAAACGAGUCUGAUGAGGGCACGGACGAGAUGUAUGCAUCUGAUGAGGAAGAACAAGAAGAGUCUAGUGACUAUUGCAAAGGUGGCUAUCAUCCAGUUCAAAUAGGAGAUGUUUUUCAAAACAGAUAUCAUGUAUUAAGAAAACUUGGAUGGGGCCAUUUUUCAACCGUUUGGCUAUGUUGGGAUUUUACAGACAAGCGUUAUGUCGCUCUUAAAGUAGUAAAAAGUGCAUCUCAUUUUACUGAAACUGCUUUAGAUGAAAUAAAGCUUUUAAAAAGCGUUCGUGAUUCUGAUACUAGUGAUAAAAAACGGGAACGAGUAGUCAUGUUGUUGAAUGAUUUUAAAAUUAGUGGUGUUAAUGGUAAUCACAUAUGCAUGGUAUUUGAAGUACUAGGUCAUAAUUUGUUGAAGUUGAUUAUUAAAAGUGAUUACUCUGGUAUACCAAUACAAAACGUUAAGAAUAUUAUACAACAAGUACUUGAAGGCUUAGAUUAUUUACAUACAAAAUGUAACAUAAUACACACUGACAUUAAACCAGAGAAUGUAUUAAUAUGUGUGGAUGAAAAAUAUAUAAAAAAUUUGGCUAAAGAGGCAGCUGAAAUUCAUCAAACUGGUCAAAAGUUGCCUGUAUCAUUUAGCAGUACUGCGCCCAAAAGCAAUCUCAAUAAACCUAAUUUGACAAAAAAUCAGAAGAAAAAAAUGAAGAAAAAAGUCAAACGACAAUCAGAACUUCUCAAAGUUCAUAUGCAACAAUUAGAAGAACUAGAGUCCAAACAAAAUGAAGAAUGUUGUGGUGAAAAUAAUAAAGGUCAUGUCAAAACCACCGAAGAACCAAUAACAGUAGAUGCAACCGCUAGUGAAUCUCUAUCUAAUGGUUAUAGCAGUGACAGUACUAAUCCAAAUGUUGCAAACUCUCCACCUUAUGAAUCUAAUACUGAGAAUGAUCAUAAUUCAGACGAAACUAAUACAACUCACCAAAAUGGAACUGGUGAAUCUAGUAAAAAUAACAAACCAUUAUCGAAAAAACGAGCAUAUAGAAGUAAAUCUCGUGAUGAUCCCUCAGAAGAUCCAGCAUUUAAUAUAUGUGAUAUCAAUGUAAAAGUAGCCGACCUUGGUAAUGCAUGUUGGGUAGAUCGUCAUUUUACCGAAGAUAUUCAGACUAGACAAUAUCGUUCUUUGGAAGUAUUAAUUGGAGCCGGGUAUGGUGUAUCAUCAGAUAUAUGGAGUGUUGCAUGUAUGGCAUUUGAACUGGCAACUGGUGAUUAUUUGUUUGAACCACAUUCAGGUGAGGCUUAUUCUAGAGACGAAGAUCAUAUUGCUCAUAUUAUAGAGUUAUUGGGUAAAAUUCCGAAAAAAGUUAUUGAUGGAGGAAAGCAGUCACCGCAGUUUUUUAAUAAACGUGGAGAGUUGCGCAAUAUAAGUAGUUUGAAGCCAUGGUUUUUGUAUGAUGUACUAAGAGAAAAGUACAAAUGGCCUGAAAGUGAUGCUAAGGCAUUCACUGGUUUUCUUCUACCAAUGCUAGAGUUUGAUCAAAAUGCUAGAGCAACAGCUGCACAGUGCUUACAACAUGAAUGGUUAAAAUAUUGAUUAUACUUCUGCUGUUAACAUUUAACUUGGUAAGAAUUGAAAUAUAUUUUUAUUUUGUAGUUGAACUUUAUGUUUGUAUUUUCUAAUAAAGCCACAACAAAAUAUG